AUGAAGCUGGGCGCACCGUGGUGCCCCCAUCUCACCCUCUACCAACCACAGUGCAGGGCGGCAGCAAGUGGGGCAUUGCCCCUCACUCACCACCUCGCGUGUGUGGCGGACAGCAUAGUGCAGGGCGGCGGCGAGUGGGGAAUCACCUCUCCAUUCGGCUCCACAUUGCGCAUCACCGAAUUCACCGAGUUUGUGAUCAAGUCGCGUGGCAUAGGCCUGCAUACCGGCCCCUGGGCCUUCCCGUUGCUCCCUGCCCCGCCACCUCGGUUCCUUCCCUCGCACCUCCGCCGCCGGCAACAAAAUUGGACGGCACAUGCUGAUCGCGAGCAAGACUCGAACCCCAGUGACAGUGAGCAUGCGAGCGGUGCUGCUGGUGGUAGUGGUGGUGGUAGCGCUGUUGCUGCUGCUUUUGUUGCUGUUGCUGGCGGUUUAACUCCCAUGGAGAUGUUGGUGUGGACGGCUAGAGCAGUGGGUGGGCCGUCUGUGGUCAACAAAUUGGGGUAUUUUUCACUAGUGGACUGGGGAAUGUUGGGUGAGCACAACCCGACCCCGCAGAAGCAGGGGCAGGGGGGGCAGCAGAACCAGCCCGUGCGAGUGCUUGUGAUCCGGCGAGACUUCUUCCUGACUCACCCGCGCAUGGAGGAUAAUGGUUGGGUGGAGAAGCGUGUGGAGGGUGUAAACGACCUCGUGGGGUCGCUCAAGCAGUGGGCGUGGGAGCGUGGUGGGCUGAGGCUGCUAGAUGCGGCAGAGGGGGUGGAGAGGAUGGGGUCUGUGGUAGAUGGGGGGAAUUGGUAG